UCAGUCGAGGCUAUCUUACACUUAUCAAUCAUAGGAACCUUAUAAUGCCGGAAUCAAAUAUCAUGCCAUGCCACCCAUGAAGCGAUUCCGCGACAUGGAACAACUCUCGGGCGGCGAGAAGACCGUGGCUGCUUUGGCUCUCCUUUUUGCGAUACACAGUUAUCAACCUGCACCGUUCUUUGUCCUUGAUGAGGUAGACGCUGCUCUGGACAACACCAACGUUGCUAAGAUUGCCAACUAUAUCCGGAGUCAGGCGUCCGAUUCCUUCCAAUUUAUCGUCAUCAGCUUGAAGGGUUCCUUGUAUGAGCGUGGUAAUUCUCUUGUUGGAAUCUAUCGUGACCAAGAUGUAAACAGCUCUCGCACCCUGACGUUGGAUCUGACUCAAUACGAUGAAUAGUCGAGCUUUAUUCCUAUUUCGUUAUCGGCUACUGACCAUCACUACCGCGUGCUCAUACAAAUAUUUGUGAGCUGCAAAUAGUGUUGUAAUGAUAGAUGUUACUUCCAGUGACCAAUCUCAUACCCGAGGGCGAGAUGAAACAAAUCAAGUACUUUUUACCUUUGAAAAAUCAAAAAAAAAAUCAAAAAAAAUCAAGUCAAAUGUACAUGCGAAUAGCUGUAGUCACGUCACU